AUGCUUUCCAUACUUCGCAAGGCUCGGCUGAAAGAUAAGGAGAUGCGGAUACUGAUGUUAGGGCUUGACAACGCCGGGAAAACGACCAUUGUCAAGAAGAUUAUGAACGAGGAUGUCAACACUGUUAGCCCGACAUUGGGAUUCAUUAUCAAGACCAUUGAUUUCCAAGGGUAUUACAAGCUCAAUAUCUGGGAUGUCGGGGGUCAGAAGACAAUCAGAUCGUACUGGAGAAAUUAUUUCGAGAAGACCGACGCUCUCAUUUGGGUGGUGGACGCGACGGAUCGACUACGAAUCGAUGACUGCAAGGCUGAACUGAAAGGUCUGCUGUUGGAAGAGCGUCUCGCCGGCGCAAGCCUGCUGGUGUUUCUGAACAAGAUCGACGUGGCCGAUGGAAUGAGUGAAACUGAAGUAACGCAAGCGCUGGAGCUCAACAAGAUAUUAACCCAUCGUUGGGUAGUGAUUCCCUGCUCUGCCAUGACUGGUGAAAAUCUAGAGAGAGGGUUGGACUGGGUGGUGCAAGACGCAAGAGAUCGACUGUUUCUGUAUUGA